AUGCUUGGAAAGCACAUAUUCCUGGUCCUGGUAUCUGCCUCAGCAGCCUUGUCGGAGAAGCUCGACCUCAGCAGCAAAGAUGUCACGGUCAAUUCAGCAAAGGCUCUGGUAGCUCCAAUUGGAGAAAGCACAUUGCCAGCCGCCUUCCCAUGGAUAUCGGCAAGUAGCUACACGACCGUACUUCACUACUGGCACUACACCGGGGACUCCCAAUACAACGAUAAGAUCACUCAAAAGAUUCUCACUUCAGCGGGUGGAAACGAAGACUUCUUGGAAAUCAGCCCGGGAAACGAUGAUCAACUAUGGUGGGGACUAGCAUGCAUUACUGCUGCAGAAUAUGGCGUCUCCGACCUGACCAAACCCACCGCCAACGGCUCUGGCGGUGACAAGUGGCUUGAGAUGGCGCAGAAUGUCUUCACCUCGAUCGCUUCUCGAUGGCAGGCAGAUACCUGCGGUGGGAUGGGGUGGCAGGUUGCAAACAGUGGUUACAGAAACUCAAUCACCAACGGUCUAGCAUUUCAGCUGGCUGCUCGACUUAGCCGAUACACUGGAAAAACAAUGUACACCGACUGGGCCAACAAGAUCUGGGACUGGGCAUUCAGCUCCGGGCUUAUCGAUCAAUCGAGCUACAGUGUCUACGAUGGCAUCAGUGCACCAACCUGCGACGCGAGCACUAUGGACCGUCAUAAAUGGAGCUAUAAUGUGGGCGUCUACCUCUACGGCACCGCGAUAAUGCUCGAGUCGACAGGAGACAAUGCAUGGCAGCAGCAUCUCGACGGCUUGAUCGGUGCCGCCAAGACUGACUUCACCAGAGAUGAUGUCCUGAUCGAAUUGACGUGCGAAAGCGCGGCCUGCAACCAAGAUCAGCAGACAUUUAAAGCUACGCUUGCACGCUGGCUGGCUCUGACAUCACGACUUGUGCCCGAUACAGCUGACAAGAUUCAGCCAAUCUUGGAUGCAUCUGCCGAAGCUGCGUUGUCCUCGUGCAACGAUCAGUCGCAGUGCAGUCUCAUGUGGACUGCUAGAACCUUUCAAGGAAGCCCGAAUCUCGGUGCGCAAAUGGCUGCUGUGGAGAUCAUAGGAGCGCAGCUCACGAAGGAAUCCAACUUGCCCAUGAAAGCUACCUCGAACGGUGCUGCUUCGACCUCUGAUACUGCUUCCAUGAACGGCACUACGCCCACAGAUGGUAAUGCCUCCUUGAACGGUACCGCUGCCACGGACAGCACAGCUCCCUUGAGCACUUCAGUUUCCACGAGCGACACAUUUUCAACCACCUUGCCCAUAAACACUGUUGUCCCCACCAGCGUUCAAACGACCAUAGAGGGCGCGGCUGCUGCCACGAAUAGCGCACUCACCAGGCCGUCGCCUGUUCCUCCGACCAGCAUCGACCCUGCGAAUGCCGGAAGCUCUCCAAAUGUGCCCGCUACAACGGCUACGACGGUCCCAACAGUUGCAACAUCAUCCAUCACACCCACUGCGACCUCAACUACCCCUCUUCCUGCGACCGGUCUGCCCGCGACAGGAGUUCCUACGGCAACUGAUGCAUCGGUCCCGACACUGCCUACCUCCACGAUUGGCACUGUCUCCGAGACGAACAUCAAACGGGUUCUUACUAUGGCUUUCACCGCUUGA